UCGAUAAACCUGCCUAUUUUCCUCGAAAGUACGUAUUUUCGCGAUUCUAACACGAUACGAUGUGACAGAAAACAAGUUAGUUAUCUCACAUCUCGAAAAAAAAUGUAAAAAGUGUAAUGUUGUACUUCUUCUUUGUUCACGAAAUUCAUGCUAAUGUUUGGGUUAUCGCGCUAGCACGCAAUUGACUCCCAUUGUCUCCCUUGAAGGAAAACUCAAGCUUGCCCCCCCAGAAUGCACCGCGUAGCCCAUGGAGGAUGCAGGGAAACGGGCACACAGUGUGGCGUCGAUAGGAUUCCCAUCUCCUCUAACGGAUCUCUGCAGGUGGACGCCUAUUCGGGAAUUCAUCUGUAGCUGCGUUGUAAUUCACGUCCCUAUAUAAAUGAGCGUUUAGUUAGUUAGUAAUCGGUAUUUACCGUUCGCUUUUAAAAGCUCCUUCUGUGAAGAUAAAAAUAUAUAUAUAUAUUUUGUCAUUAUGGAUGUUUGGAGAACGUUUCGUCCGUCCCACAGCCUGUUUUGGUCCGCUUUCGUGGCGUAAAAGUUGUUCGUGUUAUUGUAGCCAGCUCCGAAAGGGUCGGUGGCUUUCCCAGACAAAUCUCAGCCUUUCCUUUUGACUCUUGGACGGCAGGAGUGGAGCAGUUUAUUCCUGGGACUCGGCCUAGUCUAGUAACGUAUCUCACCAAUCUCCAAGGCCUCCAAAAUGUCGAUUUUAGGAUUAAAAAAGAAACAACCAAAGACUUUUAAGGUCAAAGUCAUCACUAUGGAUGCUGAAAUGGAGUUUAGCUGUGAGGUGAAAUGGAAAGGGAAGGAUCUGUUUGAUCUGGUGUGUCGGACAGUGGGUCUGAGGGAAACCUGGUUCUUUGGCCUCCGGUACACAGUGAAGGACACCUAUGCAUGGCUGAAGACAGAGAAACGGGUCUUGGAUCAAGAGGUCCCUAAAGACUCACCGAUAACGUUUCACUUCCUGGCCAAGUUCUUCCCAGAGAAGGUAGAAGAGGAGCUGGUGCAGGAAAUCACACAACACCUCUUCUUUCUGCAGGUGAAAAAGCAAAUAUUAGACGAGGAAAUUUUCUGUUCUCCUGAAGCCUCUGUCCUGUUGGCGUCGUACGCUGUUCAAGCCAAGUAUGGGGACUAUGAACCAAACUUUCACAAGCCGGGGUUCUUAGCCCAGGAUGAGCUCCUACCUAAAAGAGUUCUGAUGCAGUACCAGAUGACUGCAGACAUGUGGGAGGAGAAGAUCACAGCCUGGUACGCAGAGCACAGAGGCAUCGCCAGGGAUGAGGCUGAGAUGGACUACCUGAAGAUAGCUCAGGACCUGGACAUGUAUGGAGUCAGCUACUUUGCCAUCACUCAAAAUAAACGAGACACAGACCUGCUACUGGGUGUCGAUGCCCAGGGCCUUCAUAUUUACAGCCCCAACAGCAAACUGAACCCCAACAAGUCUUUCCCCUGGAGCGGCAUCCGCAACAUCUCCUACAGCGAGAAGGAGGUAACCACGUUCACAAUAAAACCUCUGGACAAGAAGAAGGAUGUUUUCAAAUUCUACUCCUCCCAACUGAGAGUCAACAAACUGAUCCUGCAGCUGUGCAUUGGGAACCAUGACCUGUUCAUGAGGAGGAGGAAGGUGGACUCCAUCGAGGUUCAGCAGAUGAAGUCUCAGGCCAAGGAGGAGAAGGCUCGCAAGAAGGUGGAGCGUCAGAUCCUUGCACGGGAGAAGCAAAUGAGGGAGGAGGCAGAGCGAGCGAAGGAGGAGAUGGAGAGACGACUGUUCCAGCUGCAGGACGAGGCACGGCUGGCCAAUGAGGCGCUGCUGCGUUCAGAGGAGACCGCAGAUCUGCUGGCGGAGAAGGCCCAGAUCGCCGAGGAGGAAGCCAAGCUGUUGGCCCACAAGGCUGCCGAGGCGGAGCAGGAGAGACAGAGGAUAGAGGCUACCGCCCUCAAGACCAAGGAGGAGAAGAGACUGAUGGAGCAGAAGAUGAGAGAGGCAGAGCAGCUGGCCGUCAAACUGGUGGAGCAGUCAGAGAGGAGGUCGAAGGAGGCGGACCAUCUGAAGCAGGACCUUACAGAGGCCAAGGAUGCUGAGAGGAGAGCCAAGCAGAAGCUCCUGGAGAUCACCAAGACAUCUUAUCCGCUCAUAGCGGCCUACUCCACCCCCCCUCCUCCCCCAGAGGGAGGAGACCUAGCUCUGGGAUCCGGAUCAAUGCGCAUCGACUUUAAAGACUCUGAUAUGAAGAGACUGUCAAUGGAGAUAGAAAGGGAGAGACUAGAGUACGUGGAGAAGAGUAAACACCUGCAGGACCAGCUGAAGGAGCUGAAGUCUGAGAUUGAGUCUCUGAAGUUGGAGGAGCAGCAGCAGCAGGCUGGGGUCUACAGCCUCCGCAACGAGGCCCGCGGCUACCCCCCUGAACCACCCUACAUGCCCCAUAGUAAUAGAAACUCUGCCUACAUGGCUCAGAUGGCUUUUUUUGAGGAAGUGUGAUCCAACUGCCAUUGGAUGAAACAGGGGGUAGGCUAAAUGCCAUUGGAAGACACGCAGGGAGGCGGGACAUUGGUUGUGACUCUUGUUCCUUAAUACCAAGAUAUGCCUACUUCAUCUAUCUAUGUUUUGUGCCUGACAAAAGGAGCACACACACACACACACACACACACACACACACACACACACACACACACACACACACACACACACACACACACACACACACACACACACACACACACACACACACACACACACACACUCCCAGUGACACUCCAGAACGGACUGUGCUUUGGAAAGAUCUGUAUUCCUCAGAUGACACACACCACAACACUACAAGUUCUCCGUUCUGUUUUAUUUGAUGCAGCCCUAGUCACACUGCCUGUGGGUGUAUAUUAUCACAGACGGUGCUGUGUGCAUGUUCUGCGGAUGCAUUUUACUUCAAUGUUUGGUUUUCAAAGGGAUGCCUGGUAGAGUGUGAUAGAGAUUUGACUGAGGUAGUUUAUCCUAUAUGACUGACUCUACACUACAGUGUGCCUUUAGGAGAAUAUACUCUCGCAGCGACCAGGAUCAGGUCGGUCAAGCCACCAGGCUUCAGGUGUGAUACCUUGCCUUCGCUGAAUAAUGUCUUACUUUACUCAGUCGUUUUGUUGUAGCAUGGUCGAACUGAUCGUCUCCAGAGCAACAUGUGUCCUGCAUCACAUUAUGCCUCCUAACCAUUGUCAAUUCAAACUGUCAUUUCAACAGUUUUAUGUUUUUAGUAUUUUAGACUGUUGACGUGCCUUUAACUUUGCUUUUUAAAACGUUUUCUUCACGUUACGAACAUUACAUAUGCAAUCCCUCGUUCACUAGUUCCUGUUAUGGAGCAUCCCAAAAGGCACCCUACUCCCUAUUUAGUGCACUGCCUUUGACCAGUGCCCUAUUUAGUUCAUUUAUGGUGACAUUUGGGACAAUAACCUGCCUGGAUUGUCAAACUCCUCUGGGGUGGGUUUAGCUCCAACACCUCUGGGGUGGGUUUAGCUCCAACACCUCUGGGGUGGGUUUAGCUCCAACACCUCUGGGGUGGGUUUAGCUCCAACACCUCUGGGUUGGGUUUAGCUCCAACACCUCUGGGUUGGGUUUAGCUCCAACACCUCUUGGUUGGGUUUAGCUCCAACACCUCUGGGGUGGGUUUAGCUCCAACACCUCUGGGGUGGGUUUAGCUCCAACACCUCUGGGGUGGGUUUAGCUCCAACACCUCUGGGGUGGGUUUAGCUCCAACACCUCUGGGGUGGGUUUAGCUCCAACACCUCUGGGGUGGGUUUAGCAGGCAGACAAGCCCACUUCUCUUCUGAUUUCUACGACAUCUUGUUAGUGCUUAGCUCAGAGGAAGGUUCCGUCUAGAAAAGUAGGGAAGACAUUCUGUAUAUGGAGGAGGAGAAGAGGGAGACAGAAGGUUUGUGCUUGUGAAGGAAGUCGAUUUUAGAUGUAAUAACUCAUGGUUAAGGGUUGGGGUCAAUUCCAUUUCACAGAAAUGAUCUGUAAAAUGACAGACUAUAUAAUAAGAUUAUAAUGCCUAUUUGCUGAGUUGAAAUGGUCUGGACCCAACCUUUGUUGUGUUUUUAGAAUGGGAACCAUGUCUGAAAUGGUCAGAUAUCCCAACUAACAGAACACUGCUUGGCAGAUUAUGCAACAUUUUCAAGGUUGGGGGUUGGUUUGGCAAUUUUGUGGGUGCAGACACCUGCACGUACAGAGACACACAGCCAUGUAUUCAAACCAUGUCUCAAUAUCACAUUUAAACCCUACAUUUUAUUAGUCAUUUUUAUUGUAACAUAAAUAAAUUAUUGUUAGAUCUGAUUUACAGAAGUUUCCUGUAACCGAUGUCAGGUUUGAAUCGAAACGGAGUUGUUUUGGAUGGCAGGAUAUCACACACGCACUCUCAGCAUAAGUGUUGUGUACAUGUGUUUUUCAUUUCUGAUGGUUAUACCUAUGUAUGUGUGUAGAAUAGUGUUGUUGGGUUUUAUAAUGUUGUUUAUCUUACUGUUGUUGACUUUUUCCAUCCUCUCCCCCCUAUCCUCCUUUCCCUCUCUCGCACUCCUCCUCUUUCAUGUGUUCAUCGGCUUUAAAGGGCUUAAGUGUCACGUCAGUUUGUUUUUAACUGUUUGUUUAACUGUUUGUUUUAAUCAGAACUUUUUCAUAUCUACAGGUUUACUGUAAUCACCAAAAUCUGUCCCAAGUGGCACCCUAUUCCCUAUAUAGUGCACUACGUUUGACCCGGGCCAGCAUCAGGCUCGGGUCAAAAGUAGUGUUCUAUACAAGGGGGAAUAGAGUUCCAUUUGGGACACAGACACUAUAUGGCUGUCUCUCAACACUCUGUCGUUGCCUCCUUUCCUUUUUAGAGUGCGGCAAGUAACCUUGCGGUUAGUUAGGCCAGUAAACGGCCGAAGAGGUCGCUGAUUCGAGUACCUGAGCCGACAAGGUGAAACAUUUGUCGAUGUGCCCUUGAGCUCCAGGGGUGCCGUACUAUGGCUGACCUUGUAAAACACUGGACUGUGUUUUUCUUCUUCACAACCUUGAUUCCGUUCCUUCAUUGCCGCUAGUCAAUUUAUAGAGUUGUAGAGGUUUCCUCUGUGUAGAGGUUUCCUCCGUGUAGAGGUUUCCUCCGUGUAGAGGUUUCCUCCGUGUAGAGGUUUCCUCCGUGUAGAGGUUUCCUCCGUGUAGAGGUUUCCUCCGUGUAGAGGUUUCCUCCGUGUAGAGGUUUCCUCCGUGUAGAGGUUUCCUCUGUGUAGAGGUUUCCUCUGUGUAGAGGUUUCCUCUGUGUAGAGGUUUCCUCUGUGUAGAGGUUUCCUCCGUGUAGAGGUUUCCUCCGUGUAGAGGUUUCCUCCAGAGGUUUCCUCCGUGUAGAGGUUUCCUCCAGAGUUUCCUCCAGAGGUUUCCUCCAGAGGUUUCCUCCAGAGGUUUCCUCCAGAGGUUUCCUCUGUGUUGCGGUCACCUAUCAUGCCCUGCCAGAUCAGUGGCCAUAGAGGAAAGGACACAAGGGAAGGAAGCUAGUUAACACUAUUAAGACACAGCCAGGUAGGGACAUGCCAAACAAAAGCUAAUCACAAUGUCUGAUUUCCACGAUGAAGUGUUUUGAGUGCUGUUUUUUUUUUUUGUCAUAAGAGAAUCAAUGCUGUCAAAGGGCUUGGCUGUUGCUUAUUAAAACAAAUAUACAUUAGCA